AUGCAACAGCUGUCGGAGCAGGUUUCCACUUUAGCGGGUUUGCUUCCGGGGCUUAUAGACGAGGUGAAAAAUGUGGUAGAGCGCCAGGACAAGCUGGAGAAAGGAGCCGCCGCCCCUUCUGUGCCGCCGGCCCUUCAUCAGCAACCCUUCCCUGCCGCCGGCACCCCUGGGGCCUCGGCCCCCCUCGGGGCUCUUGCCAAGCAGCUGCCCUCUCCUGCCAAGGUCCCGUCUCAGGUCCUAGGUUCCCCCCCGCUGAAGGUUCCCAAGGCUGUGUCCGCCAACGUCGACCAGAGCGACCCUUCUCUGGCAAGAGCCGUGACUCAGCAAGGGGAGGCCUUAUCUCUUCUGGUGGCUCAUCUUGUGGCCCAAGGCGAGUCCUUAGACUUUGGAGCCUUCUCAGGUUCGGUGUCAGGCAAAGGUGCCGCCCGCCGCGAGAAGCUGCAGGCCGAGCUGUCCUCAGGCUCUUCGAGCUUCUUCCUUCAGGUCCUCCAGGGUGCCCACCGUCGCCUGUACCCGGCACUCCCUUGCCCUACCAGCUUGGAAGCCAUGCGCCUGCAGGGCCGGUUGUCUUUGGUGACGUAUCUGGAAAGGCAGGGCGGCUACAACCAACAGCGCACCAUGGGUAUCUUCAUGCUGCUGCUUGCGUCAAUAGCGGAUGCCUUCCUCCGGGACGACCCUCACGCUGCGAUGGAGCACUUGGGGUUAGCCCUUGCGGCGACCGAGCAAGCCACGGCGGAUGGAGGGAGAUGGGACUUGGGAUUCCUCUUGACCCUUUUGGAGGACCCUGCCCCCAGCAUGUUCUCAGCGAAAGCCUCGCCGGCCAACAGCCGCCUUCGUGCCUUCUCGCCGCUCGUCCCGCCGGCCCUUGCAUCGGUUACCCUGGCUUAUGUUCGCGAAGUCGACUUGCUGUCCCAGCGCCGACGGGACACGGUGCAACCUUCCAGGGCCCCGGCCUCACCCACGGGCGAAGAGCACGAUACCGGUCAGAGGCUGCUCCACAUUUUGGUGAUGGCCCUGAACUACGUGUACCACGACUGUUCCUUCGUGCCGGCCCCUCUUCUUGAGCGCCUGCCGAACUCUGCCCAGCAGCGGUGCCUUCACUACCUGGGUGGCCUUGUGAG